GCCAGGGGUCGCUAGACGGGGAGUGGCACCGGUGGGGAAGAGUGCCAACAGGCGAAGGCCCUUGGUAGUGUGAUGUUGAGGGGGACCAGGAUCCAAGAAGGAGGCACUGCGUAGGUAGGAGGAGAGCGAAAGAAAGACCGAAGCGCAUGGCCAUGACGGUGCAGGUGGCGUGGCUGGCCUGCUUGGCCCUCCUGCAGGCCAUGCACGGACUCGCAUCCAUUCCUGGCGCGUCUUACGGGGCUCCUGAGAUUUUGGUUCUUGACAGGGUCUUAAAUGCCUUGGACGACCCUCUAUCGGGGCGGAAUGGCACCUUGAGGGAGUCCCUGGCAGGCACUCCAGGGCUGGUGGCGAAGGCCGUCGACGGCGUGGGAGUCAUCCUGGACACGCUGGAGGCGGUGCAGGGCGAGGACAUCUCUGAGGGUUCGCUGACGUCCACGCCGCACGGUCGGGGAAAGCGUGCGAAGAGGCAGUCCUUCCCGUACCAGACCUCCACUCAACCGGGAUUUUAUCAAGUGCAGCCACCGACGAACCCCCAACCGUAUCCACCAGGCAACCCGCAGACGAACCCCCAACCGUAUCUACCAGGCAACCCGCAGACGAACCCCCAACCGUAUCCACCAGGCUACCCGCAGACAAGGCCUCAACCAUACCCACCAGUUGACCCCCGGAUCUACCAGCGGCCACCGUGCCCCAUGCCACGACCGCUGUCCACCGAAAAUAGAUGGGAAUACCUCAAGCGGAUCGUCAGCGUCCAAAACCAGUGCAGAAUGGCCAGCCCCUGCAGGAGCUGCCCGGGCAGGGAGAGACAAAAGCCCUGCGUCUUUGACUUCGACACCCUGAUGACGCGCUUGGCUCUCCUCGAAGGCAAACUCAGGAAAAUGGCCAAGCUGGAGGCGAGGCUGAAGAUCCACGUGAGCCUCCUGCUGAGUAUCCAGGGCAAUCCUAACUUCCCCGGAGUGCCGGGCGCCAAGGGCCACGCGGGCGAGAAGGGCGAGAAGGGCCUCAAGGGCUACGCGGGCUUCGCGGGCUCUUCCGGUAACUGCUUCACCCGCCACGUGGACGACGCCAGGCACGGGCCCCCGGGACCCCCAGGGAACAAGGGCGAGCCGGGCCAGGCGGGGCCCAAGGUGUGCGGCUGCGACGGCGACAGGGGGGAGGCCGGGGAGCGCGGCGAGGACGUGCAGGGCCCCCGGGGACGCAGGGGGCGCAAGGGCGACAAAGGCCCGAAGGGACCCUCGACGCGGCCCUCAGGCUGAGCUUCGCCUCAGCCUCGGGAGUCGUCCUUUUCCCUCCUUCGUCAGCGCUAGGGUGCUGCAAAUAUGUUUAUUAUGUUUGUUGUUACCCUUCUCUCUAUCUCUCCCCCCCCCCCUCUCUCUCUCUCUCUCUCUCUCUCUCUCUCUCUCUCUCUCUCUCUCUCUCUCUCUCUCGCUCUCUCUCUCUCUCUUUCAUUAUCCUCCUGCACUUCAAUUAUCCUCUUUAUUAGUUAUCCUUUGAUAACUAACGUACUUCAUCACGUCAUGGUGGCAGAAUACACGGUGUUUGGCUGCGGCAACUUUUCCGGCAAAAUCUGUUGCAUUUCAGUUUCUGUUGAUGAAUUGGAUGAUUUUUUUUAUCGACCAAUUGCUGAGUGAAAUAAAACCAUUGAAAUUAAAAGGAUUAGUCAGCGAUGGAUGUUUAUAUUUCUUGAAAGAAUGGACUGAAUUGUAUUCUCGCAAAACAAAGCUGGAAAUAAUGAUAAUCAUAAAAGAAAUGGAGAAACAAGACAACAUUUUUUGGGGUACAUUUUCAUUUCUCUUUUCAUAACUUCUCGUUUUUUUUUCUGUUGCAGUUGUCAUCUUAUGCGUUUGUAGCAUUUGUUUCUAGUUUUUGAAAAUAAAAUGAACUUUCCCGA